CUGUGAGACCGGUUGUGUUAAAAAAUUCGUAUAACUCUUUUCACCGUUAUUCGUUUUUGUUGCGAUUUCGAGUAGCUGUAGCUAAGUACAUCCCCCACCGUCAGUUCAUGACGAAACUGCUUAGUGAACACAAGUUCGUGUAUUUUUGUUCUACCCUGGUGUGUGAGACCGUGAGUCACCGUUUGUAUGCCAGCCCCAGCGUAUGUAUGAUCUUUACAAUAAGAUAUUGUCAAAGAUCCAAGCUGCCAGUCCGAGUUUACUGCAUUGCCCUGCGAGUCUCCGAAUUAUUAUAGAACAAUCUAUAGAAAUGAAUGCACCAUUGUUUCUUAUACCCAUUGCAUUCGACACAAGUUUUAACAAUGUAGACCCGGAUAGCAUUUCCCAAUGUUUGGAGAAAAUUGGAACUGAUAAAGAUACUAUAAGGCAAAUUCAUUAUUUAUUUAACGAUGGUUCCCGUCGAAUUUGCUCCUGGAACAAAAUCUGGCAAUCUUCGGAAAUUAAAGAAAAAUUAGGAAUUGAAAUCUGCCUCUUGAGAGUUAUUUCUCUUUUGGUAUUACAUUAUGUCUUGGAGAAAAUCAAUGUCAAUGCAGAAGAUGGUAUACUUUGGGAAGGAAAAGAGCUGCACUAUUUGAUUUUUGAAGAUCAAAUUUGUCUUAUGGCAAAAACAGUUGCUGCAAUCCAGUCUAAAGUCGAGCAAGUGGCACUGCAUGCAUGUGAAGCAGGCCUAAAAAUCGACAAAGAAGAAACCAAGGUUAUGCGUAUUUCAACCAACAACACCACACCUGUCAAGCUAAAAGAUGUGAUAUUAAGAGAUGUUGGCGAGAUUUGUUACCUCGGCAGCAUUUUUAGCAAAAAUGUAGGCAUAUCUGCUGAUGUGACAAAAGGCAUGCUGACGGCUAAAAAUAAUUUCAGCAUAUUUCGAAGAUAUUUGAAAUCUUCGAAGUAUUCGACCGAGGAAAAGAUGAAAUUUUUUAAUAGGUUUAUAAAGUCGGGAUUACUUUAUGGCUGUGAGACGUGGAUUGAACCCAAAAGGGAGACGAAGAGGCUGCAAAAAUUCAUAAAUAAUUGCCUGAGAGUAAUGUUACAAACACGCGUGGCCCAUCAAAGAGAGCUCCUCACUAGGUGCAAUGAAGAUCCACAAUUAUCUCCGCAAAGAGUUUCCAGUGGAAUCCACAAGGCAAGAGAAACAACGGACGUCCAAAGUUUACCUUGAAGAGAACUGUUGAAGAUAGAUUGGAAAAAAUUGGACCCACCUGGCCUGAUUUGAUACGUUUGUCACAAGCUCCUCAUGUUUGGAAAUAGUUUCUAGAUGUGUAUAUUCACGGUUAUGCCAAUAAGAAAACAGUUGAACAAUUUCUUCAGGUGGAAAAUAAUGAAAACGAAGACAAUUGAACAAAAUAUAUGGAAAUAUAUAUUUUUUACUCACUUUUUUGCCACUUUAUACUGUAAUAACUUUAUACUCUAUUAACUCUUUUAUAUUCAACUAAAUGGAUAAUAUAUUUAAAUUUUGUAACACUUAUAAUACAGCAGACCACACAUAUGAGCACAAAAAACUAUCUGUGAGAUACCAUGCCAUUUUUCGUAUUUUCGGCAGAAAAAAUUAUUUUCCCAAAAAAAAAAAAAAAAAAACAAGUUCAGAUACAAUUUUUUUACACCAAAUCUGAAAUAAUUCUCAGAAUAAUUUUAUAUGAGAAUAUUCACCAAACUUUAAUUGGUGAAAAACGCUCAUAAAACACAUCUUAACGACAUUUUGCGGCAUCUUUAAUACCUCAUCAGACACAAAACUAUUGGUCGUACUAGAAACUAGAUAAAAUAGUAUGAUAGUAACACUGAGACAGACUAGCCUAUUCCUACUAGAAAAAAUACCUGAAGAUGAUUACUGAAGGUAAUCGAAAUAUCGGAAUCAAAAUAUAGGACACAUAAAAAUAAUAUUUCUCUUUUAAUGACCUAAUGUGAAAUUAUCAGGAAACAAAUGAAUACAAUUUAACAGUUCGCCAACUAUUCACAAUAACGACAAAAAAAAAACAAAUUUUAAUGAGUUUCUUAUAAGUGUGGUCUACCGUUUAAAGCUUUUUC